AUGUCCCAUUCUGCUACGCCAAGCUGCAUCGUCGACGGAAACAAGAAGUUUCGCAUAUUCUCGGGUAACUUCGCGUGCGGUAUCGCGCUGGAGAACCUGGUGGUGCAGCACGCGCUCAACGGCGUGCACGUGGGCGCCUGCCAAUUCGCUGCGCGCCGAGUCACCUUCCAGCACAAUGUGGCUGAUAAAAGCUCCACGGGAGGGGCCGUUUUCAACUCACGGGACAGCUCACCCACUGCUGGCUCGCCCCUCCAGUUCACUACCUGCUUCUUUCUCAACAAUACCGCGACCGGGAAUGGAGGAGUUAUCAACGUCGGAAGGGACCCCACGGGAGGCCCGGAUGUGAAGAUUGCUAAGUGCACUUUUAGUAAAAACUCGGCGGGAGGCAGCGGAGGCGCGAUUUAUUCCGAAGGGAGUGAGCUUUACCUGCGCCAGUCGACCUUCUCGCAGAACACCGCUGCUCGUGGCGGCGGUGCCAUCCUCACCACAAGCCCAAUCCUCACCUCCAUUGGCACCCGAUUCUCCGCCAACACGGUGAAAAACGGGCGGGGCGGAGCCAUCUCCAUGCAAGCACAGGCCGCGGUGGUGCAAUUCUGCAACUCCAACUUCCGGAGAAACAAAGCGCCGGUGUAUCCUGUGUCGAAUGACAUGAACGCCGGGACGAGUGACGGCACGGUUACAGCGUGUGGGAGCACCGGGCCCAGGCGGAUUCGGAAAACGCCUGCUCUGAAGGAAGUCCAGAGCUGCAGUGGUUGCACUGGCUGCUCUAACGACUGCAACGGUCACGGCACCUGUGCUCUAGACGCAGAUCUCAACCCCUACUGCAAGUGCCAGAACCAGUUCGACCCUGCCAAAGCCUGCACUGCCUGCAAGCUGGGAUACACGAUGGAGUCCAAAUGCGUUGCCUGUGCCCCGGGGUUCUUUUCGGGCCAGAAGGGGCGCUGCACCGUGUGUGGCACCGUUGAUAAGGUGCGUGGCAGGGGGGAUAAGGUGGGUGGCAGGGGGGAUAAGGUGGGUGGCAGGGGGGAUAAGGUGGGUGGCAGGGGGGACAAGGUGGGUGGCAGGGGGGACAAGGUGGGUGGCAGGGGGGACAAGGUGGGUGGCAGGGGGGACAAGGUGGGUGGCAGGGGGGACAAGGUGGGUGGCAGGGGGGACAAGGUGGGUGGCAGGGGGGACAAGGUGGGUGGCAGGGGGGACAAGGUGGGUGGCAGGGGGGACAAGGUGGGUGGCAGGGGGGACAAGGUGGCUGGGACUUCCAUUUGCAGGCAGUGGGAGAGUGUGUCUGUGAGAGCGAGGACGAGGAGCACUGUGUGCAAGCUGGGAUACACGAUGGAGUCCAAAUGCGUGGCCUGUGCCGAGGGGUUUUUUUCGGGCCAGAAGGGGCGCUGCACCGUGUGUGGCAGCGUGGAUAAGGUGGGUGGCUGUGAGAAUAGGGCGUGUAGCUGA